AUGAAUUCAAUGGAUAGAGUGAAACUAUUUGUGACCAUUGAAAGUUCUCAGAUGACAAAGUUAUAUCUGAUUGAAAUUUGUAUUAUUCUAUCACAUAAUGUUCUACUUACUAUCAGCGCCUUGAACGAUUUUCAAGAAUAUCUGUUAACUGCUGAUGAAAAAAGUGUACUGAAUGAGUUCCUGGAAUUCACGAAACCAUACAUUGAAGCUAUUCAUAUGUCAGAAAAAGACCAUACGUUUUUUUCGGAGAUUCUAGUCAUCUAUGCAGGAUUGUUGGAUUUUAUCUCAGGUGCAACCCAUCAGAAAGAAAUCGUUCGCGUUUUGAAAUCAGAAACGGCGUCAAGAUUUGAUGCAUUGUUAGGCAACGAAUUGGCGACUUUUGCGCUCUAUUGUGAUCCGAGAUUUUCGUACUUGCCAGGAAUUUUGAAAAACAUCACAUGGUCAAACAUCGAAAACGAAGUAGAAACAUAUUGUGGUUCUAUCCGAGUUGUGACCACCGAUGCAAAUGGAGCCAGCCACGUAGCGCCUCCUGCACCAAAAAAAGUGAAAGAUGACGGAUCGUUUUUCUCAAGACUUGUCAGCUCGAGACGCGAUGUUGCCACAACAGAUUGUACUAGAUCUGAAGUUGUCUCGUACCAAUCCAUGAUUCAAUCGAUUACUGCCAGCGACUUUGAAUAA